GAGUUCCAGUGGCUGAGUAUGGCGACCGUCGCGGAGCAGUGGGUACUGGUGGAGAUGGUACAGGCGCUUUACGAGGCUCCUGCUUACCAUCUUAUUUUGGAAGGAAUUCUCAUUCUCUGGAUAAUCAGACUUCUGUUCUCUAAAACUUACAAAUUACAAGAACGAUCUGACCUUACAGUCAAGGAAAAGGAAGAAUUGAUUGAAGAGUGGCAGCCAGAGCCUCUCGUUCCUCCCAUCUCGAAAGACCAUCCUGCUCUCAACUACAACAUUGUUUCAGG